AUGGGCGGUAAUAAUAAAGGUGGCAGUAGAGGCAGCCCCGGUAACAGUAAAGAUCUUCGUCUCCUUUGUGGUCUUGCUGAAAUUGAUUUUCUACUUCUUAGCAAUGCGGUAUUUGACCAUUUAGAAAUAUCUGUAGAAGGACAUAUGUUGGAGGCGCUAAAGGAAAUGAAGGAGUGUAAGAAAGCGGCACUUGCCUCAUUAUUAAAACCUCUUCUUGCUGCUAAAUUAGAGAAGAAGGAAUUAUCACCAUGUUGCGGGAAACCACCGCCGCCUCCGCCUACUCUUGUAUUAAUGCCAGCAGCUCCACCGCCAAGUUGUCUACCACCAGCGCCGCCACCGCUGUGUCUUCCACCUCUACCACCACAAUUACCACCCAUUAUAUUAUCAGCACCACCACCUGCCCCUCUAUGUUUGCCACCACAGCCACCUCUUUUACUACCCGCCCCCCCACCAGCGCCAUAUUUUCUCCCAGCACCACCUCCAGCACCACUGUUCUUGCCUGCGCCUGCUCCAGCACCGCUAUGCUUACCGGCACCGGCACCCGCCCCAAUAUUCUUACCCGCCCCUCCACCUGCACCCAUGUACUGCGCCCCACCACCACUGCCACCAGCGCCAGCCCCGUUAAUCAUAUCUUUGGUUCCACCCGCGCCACCUCCUUGCUGUGCCCCACCACCUCCCGGCCUUCCAAUGACCGCAUUCAUGGUUCCGCCUCCAGUACCCGUAACGUUAGAACCAAAACCCAUAGAGCUGCCAACUUGUGGUUAUACUAAUUCUCUAGCUGUCCCUCCCUUGGUUUUCUUUGAUGACAUUUACAUACACCCUGGCUAUGGCACAUCUGCUCAUCCUUGGGCAUAUUGGAGUCCAUCUAAAGGUCUACAAGUAAUAUUCGAACGGGAGAGAAUCUUAAGGCGGUUCGAUCUUAAGAAGUACACCUUAAAGAUUGCUACCCCGCUAGGACAAUAUUCUGAAGAUUGGUACAAUGGCACUUUUAAAGAGUAUCUAAUGGAUAUCUCGAUGCCAGAGCGUGACUCUGGCGUACGCUGUGCAUAUAAAGCAUCUGUACUUCUCAUCGAGGCGUUGAAUGCUACACAAGAACUAGUUCCAACAGAGUUGUGGAGUACAGAAGUAAAUAACAGCAGUAUGCUUCUAAUGCUGUCGUACGGUACUGCGGAUCUUGCUGGUGGAAUUCUUAGGAUUUUACCCUACCGCCUCACGCGACUGGACUACGCAAUGCCUAUUUGGCCUUUUCGCGUGGGUUUCACAUAUAUAUCUGAACGUGAAAGUAGCAGUAACAUGUACGUAGAGCCAUUUACAACAGGAGUAUGGUGGACGUGUCUUGGCUUAGCUCUCGUCAUGAUUCUUGCUCAGAGAAUGACUGCCAAAAGACCUGUGGAGAAGGAAGGCGCUUAUAUGGCCGUGAUCGCAACAUACUUACAACAAGAUGCAAGCGCGGUUCCGGAGGGAUUCUCCGGUAGAUGGACUUUUGUGGUAUUAUCUAUAUCAUCUAUGUUGAUCCACGCAUAUUAUACAUCAGCUAUAGUGUCAGACCUCAUGAGCACUGGCCGCAGCGGCCCCGACUCCCUGCGGUCGCUGGCCGAUUCAAGAUACUCUAUUGCAUCUGAAGAUUACGAUUACAUGCGAUAUUUGAUGUUUGAUGUCCGAACAAACUGGGAGGAUCUCGAAUAUUUAAAAAAGAAAAAGCUAUCAUCCCGGUUUUAUUACGAUAUUGAAAGCGGAGUGGAACUACUGCGAAAAGGGAACACUGCCUAUCACACAGAAUACAACCAGCUGUAUCCUCAUUUGAAGACAUUUACAGAUGACCAGUUGUGUAAGUUACAAUAUGUGGACACAAUACCCGAGUCCGUUACGUGGGUGACAACGACAAAACGUGGACAAUGGAUAGACAUUUUUCGUUCAAAGGGUGGCUGGCUUCACGAAACAGGACUGGCGCAGCGACUUCUGUCUCAGAUUAGAAUCCGACCACCGCCUUGCAGAGCUGCCUUAUUAGCUGAAAGAGUUAAAUUUGGAGACAUUGCUCCGGUUCUUGGCUUGUCCGUACUCGGAUCUGUACUGUCUUUCGUUAUAAUGGGCUUGGAGAUUAUUUUCGCUAAAAUGGAAAAAGGGAAGCAUCUGACGUCGCUCAACGAAAGGAUGAACCAGAUGAUCGAAGCACUUUAUUCUUCAUUAAUUUCGAAGCCGAAAUCAUCAAGCGCAGGAAGAGAGAGCAGUUCAGAAUCAGUAACAGGGCAUGAUUAUUCUCCAAGCACAGUUUCCUACGAAACGGCAUAUUAUCCACAAGCGUAUUCGAUGCCAGUGACUGCUUCAUCGUCACCCCAAUACAUAUAUUACUCACCAUCUCACUCUCCAGUGUCAACAGCAUUACCAUAUGCGCCAUCUUUGUUACAUAAUCCUCCAAUGCCCCUCCCUGCGCCAUCUCUUCCAAGUUCCUACUACCCAUCGCCUUCAGAGCCGCCAGUCCCUUUCCCGGAGUAUCCAUAUUCAUUAAAAACACAACAGGCAUGGCCAUCAACCUAUUCAUAUGAGCAGUACUCGUAUCCCCAACUACCAUACUCACCACCCGGGUUAUACUCGCCGCCCUCACCGCCUGUUACACAUUCACCGCCGCCUGUGACACAUUCACCGCCGCAGUAUUCGCAUCCCACACCUCCACAGUCGUACGAAUACAAGUUUUAUCCCACAGAUUAUCCGCCGCCCCCUCCCAGUCCUCCCAGACCUUAUCAACCAGUUCCAUCUCCGCCUCAUUAUGCUCCAUUACCUGAAUAUUCUACACUUCCUCCGCCUCACUCUUACUCUAAUCCACAAUACCCAAAGAUAGACGACAAUGGUAAUGAAGUUGAGAUCAUAUAUAGUUCACCCGAACUCGAUGAUGAAGUUAUCAAAGACUUCAAAGAAGCGAAAGAGGAUUGGAUUGAUACAUUUCUGCAAUCAGACGCAAUUCUUUUCCCCUCAUCGUCCACCGUAUCAAUGACACAAGUAUUGAAAUCAGAUAAAUCACCAGAAGAACAAUUAGAAGAAAUCAAAGAAAUAGCUACAACAUUAACAAAAGCAAUUCAAAGUGAAAUUACAAACCUCCUUACACAUGCUCUAAGCUUUGUAGAUAAAGAUACUGAAGAAAAUAAUCAGAGGAAGAAAAGAUCUAUUGAUUCUCCAAUGGACAGUACUAAACUUGUGUGGAGACUUUUGAAGCAUAUUAAAUCUAAUAAUGAAUUUCAGAAUAUCGCUAUUGAAAAAAUGAUGUCGGCUCAAGAGAUUGCUGAUAAAUAUGGAAUAGAAUUUAAUCCUGACACCGAGAUUUUAUCAGAAUUAGCUGUGGCUGCUAAUGAACAAGCAAAAGAACUGACAUCUAUUUUAACGGAUGCUAUCAAUAUGAAGAAUGUAACUCAAGAAGACUUAGUUCUUAAUGAAAACAAAGAGCGUUGUAUACAAAUCGAAAACCCUGAAAAUAUGACUUAUCACAUUCAUUCUCAUGCCCCGUUUGAACAAGACACAAGGACUAAUAAGACUACAGCUCAUAUUGAUGAACAUUCGCCAAUGCAUGCAGAACAUAAUCAGGUACAUUACACUGAUCCAUACACUACCUACAAUUAUUACUUCAGUCACCCUCACGAAACACAAAUUCCAUCACCGCCAACUAAGGAUCAAUACUGCAACCCUCCAGUUACUCCGAAACAAACUUUCUACGACGCAGUAUCAUAUAAUCCAACAUCUGAAUAUUACGGACCUUAUUGUUCUCUAGAACCUCAAUCAGCCACUUACAUAAUUCCUAUUGAUAGUUUUAUGGAACCCGAACCAGAGUUAGUAGGUGAAGAGUUUGAAGAAACUAUUUCUUCUAAAAUCUACGUUGAUCACGAGGAAGAACCUGGUGUAGCAACUGUCAACCAUGUAAUGACUUAUACAAUUUCUGAGAAAGCUCAUUACAGAACACCUCAAAUUGAAAGUCUGCCUCAACAAAUGCAGUACUACUUCUAUUUAAUGUAA